UUGUUGCGACCUAGUCUGGGGAAAUACGGCUAUAUAUAAUGAGGCCAGGGCUUGGGGUAAGGCAAGUCGGUCAUCGGUCAAGAUGGCUCCAACAAUACUUCUGAAUCUGUUACUGGCAGGGCUACUUCAGCUGUCAGUCGCGCAGUACUAUUCGUGCGGCUGCGCUCCUUUCGCCCCCUUCGCUCCUGCGGCCCUCGCCCCUCCCGCCUACGCCCCCUGCGGCUGCGCCCCUCCGCCAUGCCCGUUCGCUCCUCCGCCAUGCACGUGCCAACCUCCCGCACCAGCCCCGAUCUUUAUUUCCACUCCUCCGCCACCACCAAUGUGCAUUAACCCGCCAGCGCCUCCUCCAAUCACCAUCGAGAUGCCGUGCCUUCCUCCGAUAACUGUCACUCCUCCGCCCCUGCCUCCUCUAACCAUCACUCCUCCUCCUCCACCGCCGUUCACGGUAACCCCUCCUUGCCCGCCUCCGCUCUUCCUGAACCCGACCCCGCUGCCGCCGGUGACCGUGAACCCACCGCAGCCGCCGCUGAUGUAUAUCGACCCGCCGCCGCUGCCGCCUAUGAUGGUGGAGAUUCCUUUGCCGCCGCCGAUCAUGAUUGAGCUGCCGGCGCCGCCCCCGAUCAUGAUCCAGCCGCCGGCGAUCCCGCCCGUGAUGGUGCAGCCCCCGCCGCUGCCGCCGGUGCCCGUCCAGCCGCCGUGCCCGCCGCCGGUGACGGUCCAGCCGCCGCCGCUGCCGGGCAUGUGCGUGCAGCUGCCGCCGCCCGAGCCCGUGUCGAUCCAGCCGCCGGCGCUGCCGCCGAUGUGCGUGAACUUGCCCCCACUCCCGCCGGUGACCGUGCAGCCGCCGCCGCUGCCGCCUGUGACGGUGCAGCCGCCCGCGCCGGAGCCUAUCUGCUUCCAAGUGCCGCCCCCGCCGCCGUUCUGCUUCCAGCCGCCGCAGCCCGCACCGAUCUGCGUGCAGCCGCCCCCGCCGGCGCCGAUCUGCUUCCAGCCGCCGACGCCGCCGCCGGUGUGCAUCGUGCCGGACGGCACGCCGCAGUGCGGCUGCGGGUGUAUCCCGGCGUACGACCCGUGCCCGUGUCAGUACGGCUACGGCGCCCCGAUCUACUUAUAACUCUCCCGAUUGCGGAAGAUUUUUCUAAGUAGAAGCCAUAUUUAGUGAUAAGUUAU